CCUUGCAGCCGUCGCGGCAAAGAGCUCCUCUUCUCCAUUUCAGCUGCAGGUUGUUGUUCAUCUCAGGUAAAUCAUGGUUAAGCACAACAAUGUGGUGCCUCAUUCCCACUUCAGGAAGCACUGGCAAAACUAUGUGAAAACAUGGUUCAAUCAACCCGCCAGGAAAGCUAGAAGAAGAAUUGCUAGGCAAAAGAAGGCUGUGAAGAUUUUCCCUCGCCCUACCACUGGUCCACUACGUCCUAUUGUCCAUGGCCAGACUUUGAAGUAUAACAUGAAACUGAGAGCUGGUCGUGGGUUCUCACUUGAAGAGCUCAAGGCUGCAGGGAUCUCAAAGAAACUUGCUCCUACCAUUGGCAUAGCGGUUGAUCAUCGUCGCAAGAACCGUUCUUUGGAGGGUCUUCAAGCCAAUGUUCAGAGGCUCAAGACAUACAAGGCCAAAUUGGUUGUAUUCCCAAGGCGUGCUCGCAAGUUCAAGGCUGGUGAUUCUGCUCCUGAGGAACUUGCAUCUGCAACUCAAGUUCAAGGGCCAUACAUGCCUAUUGUUCGUGAGAAGCCAUCUGUUGAGCUUGUUAAAGUUACUGGCGAGAUGAAGUCACUCAAGGCAUAUAACAAGCUCCGUGUGGAACGUAUGAAUGAGCGCCACCUUGGUGCUAGAUUGAAGAAGGCUGCUGAGGCCGAGAAGGAAGACAAGAAGUAAACUAUUUUUCAAAGGGCUUCAUUUGCAUUUUGAUCACAACUAUUAAUUACAUUUGUUUUUCAUAGUCUUGGCCUUGGUACCAUCAUUGAGUUGGAAUCUGUUUUCUGAACGUGUUUUCCAUUUUUGCUAGUUAUCCUCUUUUGACAGUAGUUUACUUCCUUGUGUUGCUUUAGCAUUCAUUGCUUUGACAAUGAAAACGUUGGUGUUUAGUAAUACUUCAAUAGUUGACUAUCAGUGUCUACGUUGAUUUAUCUUUCUGAGCAAUAAUCUCCCUCAAUCUUG